GACAGGAUCCAUGCAGGAAAAGAGGAUAAUGUUGGAGGUAAAGGAGGUUUGGGACUUCACGUUUAACCCUUUGUUUCUUCUUUCUUGACCAGAGACGUGAAGGCUUUAUGGAGCCACUUCUGGCAUGACGAGAAGCAAACCAGCUUCUAGUGGAUAUUGAGGAAUCUGGAAACCAAAGUGCAUUAGAGUAAAAGGAUCGUCUUAAGGUGCUGAUCUGGCAUUAGAUCAGAAACAGAAAAACAAGAGUCAAGUGUCCAUAUUGGAAUUAUAUGUACAUAACACUGUCUACAUGGAGGAGAAGGCUUUUAAAUGUAUUGAAUGUGGGAAGAGCUUUAGUCAUCAUGGACAUCUGAAGAGACAUCAGAGAAUUCACACUGGAGAGAAACCCUAUAAAUGCCUGGAAUGCGGAAUGAGCUUCACUCAGAGGGGAAAUCUACACUCACAUCAAAGGACUCACACUGGAGAGAAACCCUAUAAAUGCCUGGAGUGUGGACAGAGCUUCGGUCAGAGUGCACAUUUACAUUUACAUCAAAGGACUCACACUGGGGAGAAACCCUAUAAAUGCCUGGAGUGUGGAAUAAGCUUCACUCAGAGGGGAAAUCUACAUUCACAUCAAAGGACUCACACUGGGGAGAAACCCUAUAAAUGCCUUGAGUGUGGACAGAGUUUCAACCAGAGUGCACAUCUGCGUUCUCAUCAAAGGACUCACACUGGGGAGAAACCCUAUAAGUGCAUGGAGUGCGGAGAGAGCUUCGCUCGGAAUGGGAGUCUGUGUUCACAUCAAUGGACUCACACUGGGGAGAAACCCUACAAAUGUCUGGAUUGUGGACAGAGCUUUACUCGUAGGGAAUAUCUACGCUCACAUCAAAGCGCUCACACUGGGGAGAAACCUUAUACAUGCCUCAAGUGUGGAAUGAGCUUCACUCAGAGUGGCAGUCUACGUACACAUGAAAGGACUCACACUGGGGAGAAACCCUAUAUAUGCCUGGAGUGUGGAAUGAGCUUCUCUCGGAGUGGAAGCCUACAUUCACAUCGAAGGACUCACAGUGGCGAGAAACCCUAUAAAUGCCUGGAGUGUGGGAUGGGCUUUGCUCGGAGUGGAAGUCUACUUUCACAUCAAACGAUUCACACUGGGGAGAAACCCUAUACGUGCCUGGAAUGUGGAAAGAGCUUUACUCAGAUGAGACGUUUACAUUCACAUCAAAGUACUCACACUGGGUAGAAACCCAAUACAUGCCUAGAGUGUGGAAUGGACUUCUGUCAGAAUGAAUAUCUACUCACACUGGGGAGAAACUUGUAUACACCCGGAAUGUGGAAUGAGCUUUAUUCAAAGGGGUCAUGUAUGUUCAUAUCGAAACUCACGCUGGGGAGAAUCAU